CCGAGCUCGGUGGGCAGCGGGCCGGACCCCGGGACAGGGCCGAGCCGCAAGAUGCGCCGCGGCCGCGCCGAGCCAGAGCCAUGAACUGCUUGUUCCUGCUGUCCUUGGCCGUCCUGCCGCUGGCCCUGGCUACCUCCCAACACCGCGCAGACAAGGUGCCCUGUAAGAUGGUGGACAAGGAGGCCUUGUGCCAGGGCCUUGGCCUGCUGCAGGUGCCCACUGGGCUCCCGCUAGACAUGGAGGCCCUGGACCUGUCCAGGAACCAGAUCCGGGACAUCCUGGCCACCCCUCUGGGCUUCUACAGGGCGCUGCGGCACCUGGACCUCAGCGCCAACGAGAUCAGCAUCCUGGAGCCGGGGGUCUUCCAGGCCCUCCCGCUGCUGCAGAGCCUCAGCCUGGCCCGCAACCGCCUGGGGGUGGGCGCCCCGCUGAGCGGCGGGGGCCUGGGCCCGCUGCCCCGCCUGGCCACCCUGGACCUGUCGGGCAACAGCCUGUACAGCGGCCUGCUGGAGCGGCUGCUGGGGCCGGCGCCCACCCUGCGGGCCCUCUCGCUGGCCGAGAACAGCCUGACCCGCCUGGCCCGCCACACCUUCCGCGGCUGCCCGGCGCUCGAGCGCCUGGACCUGCACAGCAACGUGCUGCUGGACAUCGAGGACGGCGCCUUCGAGGCCCUGCCCCGCCUGGCCCACCUCAACCUGUCCAGGAACUCCCUCACCUGCAUCUCGGGCUUCAGCCUCCCCCAGCUGCGGACGCUGGACCUGAGCUGCAACAGCCUGGAGGCCUUCCAGACGGAGCCCGAGCCGCGCGCCGAGUACCAGCUGGCCUGGCUGGACCUGCGGGAGAACCGGCUGCUGCGCCUGCCCGAGCUGGACGCGCUGCCCCGGCUCACCUACCUGAACGCGUCCAACAACCUCAUCCAGCUCCCGGCCGGGCCGGCCGGCGCGGGCCGCGCCGACGCCCACCUGCCCUCGGCGGGCCGGCCGGCCGGGUCCCUGUCCGCGCCCGGCGGGGCGGCCAGCAAUGGCUCGCUGGCGCCCCGGCUGCUCAACCUGGACCUGAGCUACAACGAGAUCGAGCGCGUCCCGCAGGAGUUCCUGGAGCGCCUGCCCGGGCUGCGCGCGCUGAACCUGAGCCGCAACUGCCUGCGCGCCUUCGCGGCCCCGCGUCCAGGCGCGCUCCCCUGCCUCGCGCUGCUGGACCUCAGCCACAACGCGCUGGCGACGCUGGAGGUCGGGGCCGGGGCCCUGGGCUCUCUGCAGACGCUGUUCUUGCAGGACAACGGCCUGCAGGACCUGCCCGCCGACACCUUUACCAGCCUGGCCAGCCUGCAGCGGCUGGACCUGCGGCAGAACCGCGUCCGGCCCUGCGGGAGCCCCGGGGCGCCCGGCUCCGCGCGCUGCGUGGCCUUCUCGGGCAUCCCCUCGCUGCGCGUCCUGAGUCUGGUGGACAACGAGAUGGAGACGCUGCGGGCGGGGGCCUUCCGAGGCACCCCGCUGACCGAGCUGGACCUCUCGGCCAAUCCCGGGCUGGAGGUGGCCACGGGGGCCUUGGAGGGCCUGGAGGCCUCCUUGGAGGUGCUGGCCCUGCGGGGCAACGGGCUGACCGUCCUGCAGGUGGACCUGCCCUGCUUCAGCUGCCUCAAACGGCUCAACCUGGCCGAGAACCGCCUGAGUGCCCUGCCGGCCUGGACACAGGCCGUGUCCCUGGAGGUGCUGGACCUGCGGAAUAACAGCUUCCGCCAGCUGCCGGGCAGCGCCAUGGGCGGCCUGGAGCCCAGCCUGCGGCGCCUCUACCUGCAGGGCAACCCGCUCAGCUGCUGCGGCAACGGCUGGCUGGCCUCGCAGCUGCACCGCGGCCAGGUGGACGUGGACGUGGGCGCCGCCCAGGACCUGCUGUGCCGCUUCGGCUCCCAGGAGGAGGGCUCCCUGGGCCACGUGCGCCCCGAGGACUGCGAGCAGGGUGGGCUCAAGAACCUCAACCUCCUCCUCCUCCUCACCUUUGCCCUGGUGGCGGCCAUCCUGCUCACCACGCUGGCCACCUGCUGCUGUGUCCGCCGGCAGAAGUUCAGCCAACAGUACAAGGCCUAGAGGAGCGUGCAAGGCGGGUGGACGAUGUGGGGGGUGGCCACUCAGCGUGCGCCCAAGGGGUGCACGUGACGCCCUCCCCUGGUGGGUGUCGUGGGUGAGCCGCGGUGCACUCCGGAAGCAAGAGAGGCCGCCGGCUCAGCACUCCCACGGUCCACUAGCUUGCGGCACGCCCUGGACACGGGG